GAAGCGGAGGAGAAGGAGCGUCUCCCCCGAGCCUCCCGCCGAGCCCCGGCGAUGCUGAGGGAGGAGGAAGAGGAAGGGCGGCCGCUCGCCGAAUAGAGGCGCGGCGGGAGCGGGGCCGGGCACCUGCCCUGUCCCGCCGGGCUGCGGCGCGGGGCUCCGCGGGGCCACCGCGACUCCCCGGUCGGGAGCGCCGCCCUCCCCGGCGAAGGGGCAGCCCCGCCGCCAUGCGCUGAGCGCCGCGGCAGCGCUCGUCCAUGGGGCGGCGCUGAGGGGCGGCGCGGCGGAAGGGCAGGAUGAAGUCUCUGCUCUUCGGCCGCUUCCUCCUGCUGCUGCCCUGGGUGCUCAUCGUCAUCAUCGUGCUGGACAUCGACAGCAGCCGGCCGCCGCCGCCCGCCCUGGCCCCCCGCGGCGGCGGCGGUAGCGGGGGGGCCCGGCCGGCGGCGGGAAGGGCUUCCCCCCCGCAGGCGCCGGAGGCGGCGCUGCCCACCAUCUAUGCCAUCACGCCCACCUACAGCCGCCCGGUGCAGAAGGCCGAGCUCACCCGCCUGGCCAACACCUUCCGGCAGGUGGCGCGGCUGCACUGGAUCCUGGUGGAGGACGCGGCGGCGCGCAGCGAGCUGGUGAGCCGCUUCGUGGCGGGGGCCGGCCUGCCCUGCACUCACCUCCACGUCCCCACGCCCCGCCGCUACAAGCGGCCCGGGCUGCCCCGCGCCACCGAGCAGCGCAACGCCGGCCUGGCAUGGCUGCGACAGCGGCACCAGCACCUGCCCCCGCCCCAGGCCGGGGUGCUCUUCUUCGCCGACGACGACAACACCUACAGUCUGGAGCUCUUCCAGGAGAUGCGCACAACCCGCAAAGUAUCGGUGUGGCCUGUGGGGCUGGUGGGAGGACGACGGUACGAGCGCCCAGUGGUGGAGAACGGCAAGGUUGUUGGCUGGUACACUGGCUGGAGAGCUGACAGACCCUUUGCUAUUGACAUGGCAGGCUUUGCUGUGAGUCUCCAAGUGAUUCUGUCGCAUCCGAAAGCCGUUUUCAAGCGUCGUGGUUCUCAGCCGGGAAUGCAAGAAUCCGAUUUUCUGAAACAGAUAACAACAGUGGAGGAACUGGAGCCAAAAGCAAACAACUGCACAAAGGUUCUUGUAUGGCACACACGAACAGAAAAAGUAAAUUUAGCUAAUGAGCCAAAAUACCACCUGGACACAGUCAGUAUUGAGGUAUGACCUGGGGACAGAGCUGAACAGAAGCACAGGACAGGGGUGUGUCGGAACAGUCCACUUCUGCACGAGACCUUGUCAUGGUCACCUGAUGGACUUCUGUGGAAGCAAAAGGAAGCUGUCGAACACCCCAACAAGCCAAUCAUGUGGAUGUGCUUUGUUCUAACUUGUUUGCAUGCACUUCUGAGCUCAUCUCUUAAUAAACUGACACUUACCCUUGUUUUAAGGCUGUUUCCACAUAGUAAAAACAAUCAAGAGAAAUGUGGCUGCAAUGGAGCAUUUUCAAAAUCAUCGUUUAUGUAUACACUUUUUGUAUUUACCCAGCUUAAUGGCGUAAUUAUAUACUGAUUUUAAAUCACAGACUGUUGAUCUAAGUAUUUGCAUAAAGAGCUCCUCCAAAUCGAA